AUCUUGGUAGCUAAGAUACAAGAUGCAGAUAUUCGUACAGGGCACUUCAACCCACGCAGUUAGCGUAAACUCAGACACUACAGUAGAGGAGAUUAAGGAGAGAAUCUGUAAUAUCGAGCAGGUCGCUUAUGAGGAUCUGUGCUUCCACUACGCAGGAGUCCCACUCGAGGAUGAUGUUAUGUUGAAUGAUGCUCUCCCCAAUCUUGCUACCAUCGUAGCUUCAGGUAAACUUCUGGGAGGUAAAGUGCACGGUUCUCUAGCUCGUGCUGGUAAAGUUAAGGGACAGACCCCUAAAGUGGCUGCGAUGGAAGACAAGAAGAAGAAGAGGACAGGAAGGUGCAAGAGGAGAAUCCAGUACAACAGGAGGUUCAGCACUGCUGUUAGUCAGUUCGGACGGAAGAAGGGACCCAACUCUAACUCUGCUUAAUUUCUUAUCUGUUUCCUGCUUUUUAUUUAUUUCAAAAAGUUAA